UAAAAAGCCAAAAGCCAACAAACCUUCUCAUCUUUCUCAACCCAAAAGAACAAAUUCCAGCCUUCAAUCUCGUCAAGUCCGGCAGAAUUAGUAACCCAAGCAAAAGCUGGGGACCUCCACAGCCUCCAUUUUUGAAGGCCCAAAUCAAAACCACUCCUUUCAUGUUCAUGGCCGCCAUUAAUCUAUAUAUAACCACCUCCUAAUCACCAAACCCAAAGCAACCAACUUUGUUCAACAAAGAUAAAGAUUGAAGAAAACUCUACCAUCACUCAUAACUCAACCAUCCAGCUUUGAUCUCAGCCAUGUCGACAGCACCGCCGCCCGUGGCCGGAAACACCGUUCCCGGUCUCUCCAUCUCCGUCACCGGCAAGCUCAUGCUGUCCGGCGUUAUCGCCGUCUUCUUCCUCUUUGUCAUCUUUCUCAUUCUAUUCCUUCGCGCUAAUCGUUACUUCGGCGCCAACCCCGCUCACGAGAGCUCCUCACCCCGCUUCAUAUUCCCCGCCUCCAGCACUCUCCUCGCCGCGUUUCACCGCCGCGCGCUCGAUCCCACCGUGCUUAAAUCGCUUCCAGUCACCAUCUUCAUUUCUUCAGCUUUCAAGGACGGCAUGGAGUGCGCCGUGUGCCUCUCCGAGCUCGCCGACGGCGAACCCGUCAGGUUUCUUCCCGGCUGCCGCCAUGGAUUCCAUCUCGAGUGUAUCGACACAUGGUUUGGUUCCAACUCCACCUGUCCCAUCUGUCGGAUCUCCAUCAAACCGCCGGCCGUCGAAUCGAAAAACACGAACUUGAUCGGUUGGGAGCAGAGUACGGCCAUAAAUAACAGAGCUUUGCCGGUGGAUGGCUCAGGAGAAGGAAGCUCGAGUUCGAUCUGCUCUGUUUCGAGGAAGUCCGGUCGAAUCAUGGCCAUCAAUAUACAGGGAAUUGCAUUGGAAAGCUCUGCUUUUGCAUUGCAUUCGAGUAGGAAUGUUUCGGCUGUGGACAUAAAGUCGCCGAAUUUGGGGAGUUUGAGACCGCUGAGGAGGAUACUGAGCAUGGGGAGCAGGGGAUUUGGUUCUUCUUGCAGCGCGAGAGGUGGGGAUAUUGAGCAGGGAGUGGCGGCGGUGUCGCCGUCGACGACGGCCGCCGGAGAUUUGGAUGGAGAGGGGAGUUCAUCAAAGAAGAAUUGUGAAGGAGAUUUGUGUUUGGUUGUGCGUGAAGGAAGGAGGAUUGCUAUGAGGUAAUUGUAAUGGAGGCGCCGAUGAUCGUAUUUCGACUGCAUAGUUUCAGACAUUGUAGAUUUUUAAGCCGAUUGUUGAUUUCUUUUUUAAUUUAAUUUAAGCCUUAAGUGCUAAAUAACCCCAAUUAUUUAUAUUUGUUCAUUUUAGUCUCA